AGUUCUCAUUCUCAUUCCAACUCAAUUCAUGGAACCCACUACUACUAAUCAUCAUCAUCAUCAUGGACCUUCAAUCAUAAAUUUGUUACAAAGACAACAAGAACUAAAUCAACUAUUAAAUCGACAAAGAGCAAGACUUAGACAACAACAACUGUCUUCCUUCACCAUGGAUCAAAGAACAUCUGAACUCAAUCCACUCAAUCAAUCAUCUGAAUCUUCACCUCCCAAUCCAAUUCAAACUAUCAGAAACUCAGUCUCUAUGUUUGGACCUCAUGCUAGAGCUAUUGAAGAUUUCACAAGAAGAAGAAGAGAAAUCAGACCACCAUCUCAAUUAAGAUCACAAGAUCGACUUUCUCCUGAACCAGAAACGAGUGCAGCAGAACGUUCGAUAUCGAUUUAUGAAAGAAAUGCAAGAUUAAGAGAAGAAUUUAGUCAAAGACAAGAAGCUAGACGAAAUCCUCAAUCUCAAACUUCAAUUCCUUCUCAAUUCUUACAAUUCCUUCAACCUACAAGUUCAACAUCACAAACUCAAUCAGAAGAAGAAACUCCUUCGAUCAACCAUCGACCAAUUUCACCUCCUAUUCAUUUACCACCUACACCACCCACCAAUCGAGUCAAUCUCAAUCAAAGACCAUCAUCCACUUCACAAGGUCCUUAUCUUUUCAAUGGUCAUUUUCAAGAUCCACAAAACAAUCUGAUGUCAGUUAAUCUUAAUGAUCUGAGUAGACCUUCAUCAGUAUCAGAUUCGUCAGAUGAUUCAAAUCAACAAACUACAGAAACAUCUGAUUUAUUAAACGAUUCUGAAUCGGAUCAAAACGCUGCUCUGUUUUUCACUUCAUUACAAAAUGGUCAUCAAUCUAGGAUUAGAAGAGGUAGAGAUACUAGUUCAAUCGAUAACGUUGAUUUAGGAAACGAUCCAGAUCCUUUAUUGGUAGAAGCAGCUGCUCAUCAUAACAGUAUGACUAUAGCUGAAGCUUUAGGAUUACCAACUCCUUAUGAUGAUCUUCCUGAACGUCAAGCUCAUGAUGAAUCAUCACGAUUCUCUAGGCGAGCAUCAAAUCUGACUGGAUUGAUUAUGGACUCAAAUCCAAUUACAACAGAUCGACUUGAUAAUACGGUUGAACAACCUUCAGAUGUUAGCAUGAGCUUAUUCGAAUCUUUUGACAGACCAGAACCUAAUCCAUCCACUGAAAAUCAAGACGUCUUACCAAGAAGAUCUACUACUCAAACUACAAAUCUUGUUUCAAAUCCUCAAUCAAGAUCAUCAGGAGAGUCGAAUGAACGACCUAAUCAAAUCACUCAAUUAUCCAAUAACAGAAGAAGAAGAUUGUUGAUUAAUAAUGAAACAACUGAUUGGAGACAUGCAUUAGUGGAACAGAUGCAUAAUGAUUUUGAUGCUGGUCUAGAUAGAACGAUGGCAGUGAACCGAUUACGUCAACUUACCAUGAACCAUCAUCAUCCUUCUGUCCAGAAUCAAAACCAUCAAAACCCUCCCACUUCACUUUCAGCUGAACCUGUUCGACGUAAUUUAGUAGGCACCUUACGUAACAUCCGAUCACAACGUCAAGCUAAUAAUAAUUUGAAUCGUGGGAUCCAUCAAGGAUCUAAUCCGACUUCUUUAUCAGAUCCGAUCUCUAGAUCUUCAAUUCAAGUUUAUUUAGUUUACUGUGGUGCACCUCAAGCUGAUCGUUCAAUCUUCUCACGUCCUCAAACUUUACCCAAAGGAUUCCAAUUGGCAAAUCCGAGUACUUCAAGCUCAUCAAGAACCCGUUCAUCAUCUUUAUCAAGAGGAAUCACCCAAGGAUGUGGAAAACUCAUCACGAUCCGAUCUAUCAAUCCAUCACAUGCAGCACGUAAACCGAUUCCCAAUGGGAUGUUUAAAACUCCUAUCGAAAAUGUUUUGUCAUCUGAUUCCUAUCCUAUUUCUCAAUCCGUUGGAAUUGUUGAUCAUGAAUCUAGAUUAGAAUUCGAAAAUGAUCCUUCUAAUCCAUGUAUUAAAGAUGAUGAAAGUGAUCAACAAGAUAGGUUUGUUUGUUAUUGUACUAAAGAAUAUAUCGGUUGUCUUUCUUGUGGUCAUAUCGUUGGACAUUGGGUUAAAGUUCAUUGUUUUUAUUGUGAAAGAUGGUCAUCAACUCAACAUCGAUUUUUUUAUUAUCUCAAAAGAAUUACAUAUAUACCUAGAUACGAGAAAGGAAUGAUUGCAAACUUUAUUCCAACCAAUCGAACAUUUUCAUUUUAUUCACAACAAAGACAACAAGGACAUCAUAAUAAGAAAGCACAAUUAUUACAAGCUAAACAGAUGGUUUAUGAAAAAGAUUUGAGAGAUGGAUAUAUCGGAUCAGAAGAAGAUUGGAAAGAUAGAAGUCAAGAUGAGAAUGAGAAUGAGAAUGGGAAUAGGAAUGAAGAAGGAGGUUUGUUAGAUGAUAUCAUGGGUUAUAGUACUGCUAAUACGAUGACCCAAAGAAUGAGAAGUUCGAUUCUGGAUUCAAGUUUAGUUGACUUGAAUGAUCUGAGAGCAUCCGUUGAUUUUGCUUCGUAUCAAUCCACUCAAUCAUCACCAAGACAUAGGUUUUUAGGUAGAAGACUUUUGAAUACAGCCAUGAUUUCUAAUUCGAUGAUUCCUACUGAAACUGUUUCGACUAGAACUCCUUCAAGACUUGUUGGAGAAGUUAGACAGAUUCAUAAUAGACGUUGGUCUGCUUUAGGACCUGAGGUCGAAAGGAAUGAAGGGUCUAGAGAUUUAGUUAGAAGUAGAGCUAUUAGAUUAUCGAAUUAUAGGUUUGAAAGUAGUCCCAACUUGGAUACCAAUUUACAACAAGCUGAUGCAGAAGAAGAAGAAGACCGAGAAGGAGAGAUGGUUCCAGGUUUGAAUCCCACUUCAUUGAAUACUACUUCGAAUACUACUAGAAGAUCUUCAAGAGUUUCGAAUUCACCUAUUACCAAUCCAAGUUUAAAUCCUAGAGCCGAUUCACUUGAUCUUGAUGGAAUUCCCAUAAGAGAUUCAAGACCUAGGUUAAAUAGAAUGAUCAGAUCAUCAUCCAUUUCAUUAGAAACUUCACAAAGCAGAGAAGAAAGAUUAGAAGAAAACGAAUUGAAUGAAUUGAUUGAUAUGGGAGAGGUUAGAUCUAAUAGGAAUGUAGAAGAAGCAGAAGAUGAUGAAAGAAGUCGGAUCGUUAGGAUUGAUAGUAUUCAGAAUGGAAGAAGAAGAAGAGGUGGGAAUGAAGAAGAAGUGGAAGAAGAUGAAAGUUUGAGAAGUAGAAGUAGUAGAAGAAGAAGGAUUCAUGGGCUGGAUUUGGAGCAAGAUUUUUUGGUCGGAGAACAGGAGAAUGAUGAUCAUCAUCAUCUGGGAUCUUUGUUUGGAAACUUUGAGGUUUGUGCAAGAUGAAAAAAAAAUACUUUAUACUUAUGUCUAUUUGGAAGAUUUGAAAAAAUGGAAUGGAAUGGAAUUGAUGAAAAGAAGAAAAAUGAAAGUGAAGAAGGGGAUGAGGUUUUUUAAUAUACUUACCAUCAACGCGAUUUUUUUUUUUUGGAAAAAAUCGAAUUGUUCAAAAUUAAUAGUUGUGGAAUUUAUGACAGAAAAAAGAUAAUUGAAAGGUUUGUAUAAGAAGAAAGAAAUGGGUUUUUUUGUAUUGUUUUUUUUACGUUUUGGUUGAUUUGAUUAUG